GGAGUGGAGUAAGUGGGAAGCAAUCACAAGAGAAAUGGACUGACAAACUGUACUUCUCAACUCAAGUACCCUCACGGCGGAUUAAGGUGAGCGUCGGCGUCUGUAUUAUGCUCGGCGUGGACAAAACCAGAGUGAUCUCUGACGGAGUACCUGUGGAUCGGCACCAUGUGGAAUACAUUAGAGCGAAGGCGUCAGCUGUGAGGACAACAGAGGGAAUUCGGUGAAGACCAGGAAGUGGCUGUGACUUGCAGCCAGUUUUCUCUACAUACCUUCUAACCCCGGGAACAGCAGGGCUACUAAUGAGCAAGUCGAUGUGUGGCUGUGGCUGCAGCAUCAUCUCCUCUCUGAUGAAGAGACUGGGCCGCACAGCUUGCUGCUCAGAUCUCCUCUCCUGCAGCCAUACUUCAGAGCAGCUGCAGCGACUGGCCACCGGCUGUCCACCUCAACCAAAGAAUGUCAAGCCCUUCUCCUCCUCAGACAGCCUAGCGAAGGUCCAGGAGGUAGCAAGCUGGCUUUUGGAAAUGAACCAGGAUCUGCUCGGGGGCAGCAGCAGCAGGCGGAGUCGGGGGCCUGGGGGUCCGGCAGUGCGAGGUAACGCCUCCUCCACGGCCCGGGCACCCCAGCAGGCGGCAGAGGAGGGCGACGAGGAUGAGCACAUGAACCGGGUAGUCGAGGAGGAAGAGCAGCUGCCGCAGAGGCCUGAGGCGUCGCAGGUUGACGGUGAGCGAGAGCAGCCAUGGGCACCCAGCGACUCGGGAGCCAGCAACGGCCCUCGGGGAGUUGAGGACGGCGACGAAGACGAGGAGGGCCCACCCAACGAGGUGAACGGAGGAGAGAAAGGAGCCCGAUGGAUGUGGGAGGCAGAGCAGAGGCGGCUGCGAGGCCAGCCGCUGGGCGAGGACGAGGAGGAGGAGGAAGAAGAGGAGGAGAACAACAACAGCGGCAGCCACCAAGAGGAGGAGGAGGCUGAGGAGAGGACAGAGGGUGGGGAGGAGCAGGGGAGGGAGGAAGAAGAGAGGGAAGAGGGCGAGGAGGAAGAGGAGGAUGACGAGGACGAGGAGGAGAUGGACCAAGACAGUGAUGACUUUGAACAUUCGGUGGAGAGCGGGAGGGAGGAGGAAGAGGAGGAGGAAGGAGAAGGGGAGGAAGGGCUGCGGUCUCCCUCUCUCAGGAACAAUGUGUCUGCCCCCAAUAAUAAUCUGGGCUCGGGAUGUACACACCAAAGCUCUUCCAACAAGAAGAUGAAGAGAAAGUUGGACCAUGGCCCCGAGGUCCGAUCUUUCCCUUCAGGAAAAAAGCCCUGCAAAGGCCCAGAAUAUCCGAGCCCGACAGGAAUUGUCCCAUGUCCAGCCACACCCACCACAUUUGGCCACAUCAGAACAGCCAAUGGUCAGGGGCAGCAGAGGCGACGCAUCACCUCAAUCCAGCCACCCACGGGUCUGCAAGAAUGGCUCCGAACAUUUCAGAGCUGGACAGGCCCAGAGAAGCUGCUGGCGCUGGAUGAGCUGAUUGACAGCUGCGAGCCCACACAAGUCAAGCAUAUGAUGCAGGUGAUCGAGCCGCAGUUUCAGCGAGACUUCAUCUCCCUGCUGCCCAAAGAGCUGGCUUUGUAUGUGCUGUCAUUCCUGGAACCGAAGGACCUCCUCCAAGCAGCACAGACGUGUCGCUACUGGCGCAUCCUGGCAGAAGACAACCUGCUGUGGAGAGAGAAAUGCAGGGAAGAGGGCAUUGAUGAGCCUCUGCCCCUGAAAAAGAGGAAAAUUGUCAAGCCUGGCUUCACUCACAGCCCCUGGAAGAGUGCCUACAUCAGGCAGCACAGAAUAGACACUAACUGGAGGAGAGGCGACCUCAAAUCACCCAAGGUGCUCAAGGGCCACGACGACCACGUGAUCACCUGCCUCCAGUUCUGUGGCAACCGCAUCGUCAGCGGCUCCGAUGACAACACGCUCAAAGUGUGGUCGGCCAUCACGGGAAAGUGUCUGCGGACGUUGGUGGGCCACACGGGGGGCGUGUGGUCAUCCCAGAUGCGAGACAACAUUAUUAUCAGCGGCUCCACUGAUCGCACACUCAAGGUCUGGAACGCAGAGACGGGAGAAUGUAUCCACACCCUCUAUGGGCAUACCUCAACAGUGCGCUGCAUGCACCUACAUGAGAAAAGGGUGGUCAGUGGCUCUCGCGACGCCACGCUGCGCGUCUGGGACAUCGAGACAGGUCAGUGUUUACACGUCCUCAUGGGCCACGUGGCGGCGGUGCGCUGCGUCCAGUACGACGGCCGACGGGUGGUCAGCGGUGCCUACGACUUCAUGGUCAAAGUGUGGGACCCCGAGACGGAAACCUGCCUCCACACGCUGCAGGGCCACACCAACAGAGUGUACUCAUUACAGUUUGACGGGAUCCAUGUGGUGAGCGGCUCGUUGGACACGUCUAUAAGGGUCUGGGACGUUGAGACGGGCAACUGCAUCCACACGCUAACGGGGCAUCAGUCCCUCACCAGCGGCAUGGAGCUCAAAGACAACAUCCUGGUCUCGGGCAACGCAGACUCCACUGUCAAGAUCUGGGACAUCAAAACGGGCCAGUGCCUGCAAACGCUGCAGGGUCCCCACAAGCACCAGAGCGCCGUGACGUGCCUCCAGUUCAACAAGAACUUUGUCAUCACCAGCUCGGACGACGGCACGGUGAAGCUGUGGGACCUGAAGACGGGCGAGUUCAUCCGCAACCUGGUGACCCUGGAGAGCGGCGGCAGCGGCGGCGUGGUCUGGCGCAUCCGGGCCUCCAACACCAAGCUGGUGUGCGCGGUGGGCAGCCGCAACGGCACAGAGGAGACCAAGCUGCUGGUGCUGGACUUUGACGUGGACAUGAAGUGAGAGGGGACACGGUAGGGAAGGACGAAGAGAGCGAACCACGGAGAGGAAGGAAUAGAGAGGAAGGGGAGACGAGGUGCCUGGAAACAGGAGGGCUAACACCCAGAACUCUUCACCCAAACUCGCAACACCUACACCCACCACCACCACCACCAGUGGGCUGUCCUGUCCUCUGCCAUCAUCUUCCCACCCCCCCCCCCCCCACCCCCCUUUUGGGCAAAUGUUACUGACAAAGACACAGACCCUCACAUGUUCAGCUCCUGCUUUUGACCCCCUGCCACCAGUACGAGGUGGAGUGGAAGGGGAUUGGGCUGGAAACGGGGCAAAUGAGGGGGGCUCGACUAGUCUGUCCUGUGAUUGGCCGGGAGAACGAAGAAGAAAGGAACGACUGAUGACGACUGAACUCUUUUGAAGUGACGCUCCACCAUUUCGGCUCGGGGUCAGCUUCGCACAGAGACUUGGUUUCGCUCAAGCCUGACAGAUUUUGAGAUGUACAGAGAUAUAUUAUUUUUUAAAAGUCCCCGACACACCCCCCUCCCAUCAGCGUGCGCCACAAACACACACACAUACACUCAACCGGCCAACCGGAACGUGGGAAACAUUGACUGUAGGUAAAGCUUGAGGAAGGAGGGAGACGUUAAAGGUGAAUUUCCACACAGUUACACCUAAAGAGCUGCUUGAUGUGGUGGAGAGAAAGCGAUUGGAGGGUUCAGCCUGUAAUCAGGCUCGUUUCUUGUCACUCCAUUUCCGUUCUUGUUGUUCUCCACUCGGUUUCUAUGGUUUGAUUUCUUUACAAUAUCGCACACAAACACAACUGUGAAUCUCAAUACCUUUUUGGUUUAUCAUAUGAAAGGGGUUUUCUUGUUUUGUUUUUUUUCUCCUUUCCUCACUGUUGCCAACAGCAACAAAUCCCAGUAUUAGAAACCUGCCCUGUUUAGGUUUGCUGUCAUUAUGUCACAAGGGUUUUUUUUGUCUUUUUACUUGAGUUGUUUGUUCUUCCUUUUUGUUUUCUACAUACCUGGGUUUGGAGCUCCGUCUCCACACAAACAUCAAUGCUGUCCAGAUUUUUUCAGAGUCUAGCUGGGGUGGUUUCCUCAGUGCUGCGAUGAGAGGAGGCAAAGGUUUUCAGCUCUUAGCGCUGUGGAUUAAUGCCCCUGCAGCCGUCAGCCCCUUCCCCUCUACCGUUUUCCCCCAGUGGCCAAACUGUAUUUAUGCUGCUAGAUAAAUGGUAAAAAGAGAGUUGGAACUUUUACUUGCUGUGACGUUUUAGUCCCAGGCGAAAUUCCAAAUUGAACUCUAUAUGUUUGGACUUAAAGAAAGCAAAAGUAACAUCCAACUUUUUUUUCUUUUUUAAAUUUUGUUUGUUUUUGCCACUGAAACUUGAGCCAAACGUGCCUCUACGAGGCUGAGAGGAGGGAGCGUGUCCGACAGAUACUGACGGGAUCGCCUGCAGAGAGGAAACGGGGGGAUGUACACUGUUGGCGUGCGUGCGUGUGAGUGCAUGAGUGCGUGUGUUAGCGUGUUAAUGGGCAACUUGUAAACACAUUCCUUGGGACAAAGCUCUUUCAGCCUGUUCUUUGGGGAAAUGUACAAAAUGCUGUGUGGACUGGCAUGAGAAAAAAAAAGAGGAAAAAAAUUCAAACUAGCAGGAGCAUCGAUUUUAACAAUGAAUGAAAGAACUGUCCGUAUCCGUGUGUGAUUGUUGUUCCAUUCAAAGAUGUCUGAAGCAGCAGAGGAGACCAUCACAAGCAUCAACUGACAGACGGGUGGAGCUGCCGGGAGUCUUAGUGUUACAUGUGUUGCAGUUAAAAACCACCGAGGCGGCUGCAGCCUCGCGGAUCGUCAGUGGGGAAAAAUACAAACACAAAAGGCAACAAACGUGAACAGAAACAUUGUAGCCAAACGAAAAAUCGUCUCAAUCUCCAAGAGUCACAACUCAAGCUGAACUGUGAAAGUGGUAUAACACUGUAUAUUAAAAAAGAAAAAAGAAAACAAUCUUGCUCUAUCUCCUCUUGUUGUUUUCUCCCUCUGUUUUAAUUUAUGAUCUGGUUUGAGAAAUCAGAUUUGUUGCAGGUGUUUUAUUUUUUUUUUUCCAGUUCAUGUAAACUGCCUGGCAAAAAAGAAAACAGACAGAAAAAACCUUAAAGGGAUUGUGUAUUUGUUUGAUUCACUUAGAAUUUUAUUUUCUUAUAACUUAAGUGCAAUAAAAUGUGGGUUUUUCUUUUUUCAUUUCAA